AUGGACAAUCAGACACUCAAAGAAGAUUUGAAGAACAUAGAAGAGGCUUAUACGAUGGUAGUAACUAAAAAGGAAGAUUUAGUCACCAAUGUGUUUCCUCUUGAGAAGAAAACCAUCAUUGUGCCAGAGAUUUCUAGUGUUGGUCAUGAUAUGCAAGUGAAGAUGGAUAUCGUUCAUGAUAUUCCCAAAGCUAUUGUGGAAGAUAUUACAUUUGUUGAUUUUGUUCUAGUGGAGGAGAAUAGUAGAAUAGAGAGCGAGACAAUUGAUUAUGUUUGUAACAUGCUUGAAGGAGGGUCCAUAGCAAAGAAAAUGAAAGAGCUGGAGAUUUAG